AUGUACAAAAUUAUCUUCGUAAUUUCCUUAAAGUUGGUUAUAGCAAAUGUUUAUUUGAGUCAUGUUGACCAUAUGGAGUACUAUAGAAAUAGGACGCGGCCUUCGAAAGCGUUUAACAGUUUUUCCACGAGCUACUUCAACCAGAAUUUGUUACCGAAACCUGGAAAGGAAAAAGUGCAAUGUGGUACGAGAACAGUGGACUUCACGUUGAGGAGGGGGAAAAUCGUUGGAGGUUCCGAAGCACCAUAUGGAGCUUUUCCUUGGCAGGUAGAAAUCCAAAUGCUGGACCCAAAUAAGCUGGUCUUCGAUCACCACUGCGGGGGCGCUGUCAUCGCCGAAAGACUCGUUCUUUCCGCUGCUCACUGUUUUGACAAGCAACCAUUGGAGUUAGAACACAUUCGGCUGGUGGUCGGUGAGCACCGUCUGAAGAUACAAGAUAAGCAUGAGAACAGAUUCCUGGCGGAGAAGGUGGUUUCACAUCCGGAUUUUAGAAAAAAUGGGCCACACUCUAACGACAUCGCCGUGGUCCUGGUGGCGCGUUCAGGGUCUGGAGUGCAGUUUAAUUCGCAUGUGCGGCCUAUCUGCCUCCCAGAUAACUUAGAUAACACGGGAAGAUGGUGUGCUGUUAGCGGUUGGGGGUACCAGGAAGAGGGGACAGAACAAAAAUUUGCUCCAGUGUUACGUGCAGCUGCUGUUCCAAUAUUGGAUCUGGCGACCUGCAGGAAGGAUCAAAUCCUGGGCGGGAGACAGCAGACUAUACUUGACUCGAUGUUGUGUGCUGGUGUAUUAUCUGGAGGGGUGGACGCUUGCCGUGGUGAUUCGGGGGGCCCUCUCGCCUGCAUGGCUGGAAACAGGUGGCAGAUCCACGGUGUGGUAUCUUGGGGGUCAGGCUGUGCGCGGCGGUCCAGACCCGGGGUCUACACCCGAGUCGCUUCAUAUGUAAAUUGGAUUAGGAGUACUGCUGCAUUCUUGGGUCACAAGUUAUAG